AUGACAGGUGCUGCGCCAAGGGAUGGACAGGAAGAACUUCAUGCAACUAACUCCAGAGAUGCAUUUACGCUGACGCUUCUGAAACAUGUGGCGAACAAGCUGGGCGUGCAGUACACGGGCAACGGUGUGGACACGAGUGACAGUAUUGUUAUGGAUGAACUGGGGCAUAUAAAAGCUGAAAUACGCUCGCGGGAACGUGUCUUGGGAAUAGAGAAUAUGAGUCUCAUUCCACUCUAUGUCAAGGCGGGCGAUUUGUCACCGACAUCCGAGGAUUCUCUCCGGUUUUACAAGAAGGCUAUGGACGUCGUAGAGGCAAAUAAGGAGCUUAAAAGACACUCUACUAUGAUGAAAGACGUUACUGUAUCGAACUUUGCUGAACUUGGCUCACGCUUUUUUCGUUAUGGGGAGUAUCAUCUGGCUGAAAAACUUUUCACAAUGGCGGCAUCUAUUUGUCAUGAUAAAUCGGCAGGUGCGUGCUGGGCGAAUCCCUUCUCUACCGCACAAUGCAAAAGUCCGAAUGGUUUGCAGCGGCUACAAGGACACCUGUGGGAUUGGCAAAAGAGUGCAGAGGCAUCACAACAAAAUUUAUCGAUACUUUUUUCCGGGACUAUCCAGAGGCCACAUCGGCAACAAGAAAUGCGAGAUGCAUGCACUCAAACCGAGUUGACAGAAUACAGAGCAACCACGCAGGCUGGUCAGGGAAUGGGUACAGGGGAUAAAAUUCGGGAACUCAAAGGGGUUCGAAAUGCGGAGAAUCUGAAGCGACUUGUGGAGUACACCUUUGAUCCAUUAAAUGGGGAUGACGGAUUUACUGGGCCGGUACUUCCGAAGAGUCGAACCACCAUGACGCUUUUACAGUCUGAGCAUGUUUCUGAACCGAGUUCUUUUCUAGCCUUGCAGGAGUCCAUUGAUCGCAUUGCUUUGAGAGUUGAUGGCAAAUUUGACUCAAUCAACGCCUCAGGCGUUACCCUGGGAAACGGGCUGCAACCACGAUAG